UCAGGCCUUCGCUCGCCGGACAAGCCAUGCUCUCUGCCUUCUCUGCGGCCCUGUCCGGCGCCUACCUGCCGUCGGUGCACCUCGCGCCGCGCGCCACGGCCGGCCGCGGCGCGCUCUCCGGCCUGCGCAUGGCCGAGCCCGACUUUGACCUCGUCAUUGUUGGCUGCGGCGUCGGCGGCCACGGUGCGGCGCUGCACGCCGUGUCGCGCGGGCUCAAGGUGGCCGUGUGCGCGGGCGAGGACGUGGGCGGCACGUGCGUCAACCGCGGCUGCGUCCCGUCCAAGGCCCUCCUCGCCGCCUCUGGCCGCGUGCGCGACAUGCAGAACGACAAGCACCUCGCGGCGAUGGGCGUCAAGCUCGAGGGCGCCGUCACAUACGACCGGCAGGGCGUGGCGGACCACGCAAACAACCUGGCGAGCCGCGUGCAGGGCAACCUGCGCGGCUCGCUCACCGCCCUCGGCGUCACCGUCUUCGAGGAGAAGGGCUCCCUCGCCGGCCCUACCAGCAUCGAGCUUGUCGGCGCCGGAAAGACCAUCGAGGCGAAGAAUGUCAUCCUCGCGACGGGCUCGGUGCCCUUCGUGCCGCCCGGAGUGGAGACGGACGGCAAGACCGUCUUCACCUCGGACGAGGCGCUCAAGCUCGAGUGGGUGCCCGACUGGAUCGCAAUCAUCGGGUCGGGGUACAUCGGGCUCGAGUUUUCGGACGUGUACACCGCGCUCGGCUCCGAGGUCACCUUCAUCGAGGCGAUGCCCAAGAUGAUGCCCUUCUUUGACCGCCAGAUUGCGCAGCUCGCAGACCGGAUCCUCAUCCGGCCGCGCGCAAUCGACUCGUACACAAACGUGUUCGCGUCCGAGGUGACUCCCGGCAUCCCCGGCGAGCGGCCCGCGACGGUCAAGAUGAUUGACGCAAACACAAAGGAGCACGUCGAGACGAUCGAGGUGGACGCGGUGAUGGUGUGCACGGGGCGGAAGCCGUUCUCGGAGGGGCUGGGCCUCGAGAACGUCAACGUCGAGACGAACCGCGGCUUCGUCCCCGUCGACGACAAGAUGCGCGCGCUCGACAAGGACGGCAACGUCAUCGACGGGCUCUGGUGCAUCGGCGACCUGAACGGCAAGAUGAUGCUGGCGCACGCGGCGUCGGCGCAGGGCAUCUCGGCGGUGGAGAACAUGUGCGGGCACGAGCACGUGCUCAACCACGACGCGGUGCCGGCGGCGUGCUUCACCCACCCCGAGAUCGCCAUGGUUGGGCCGACCGAGGAGCAGGCCAAGGAGCGGGCGGAGAAGGAGGGCUGGGAGAUGGGCAUCGCGCAGGGCAACUUCAAGGCCAACUCGAAGGCGCUGGCCGAGGGCGAGGGCGAGGGCAUCGCCAAGGUCAUCUUCCGCAAGGACACCUUCGAGGUGGUCGCGGUGCACAUCAUCGGCAUACACGCGGCGGACCUCAUCCAGGAGUGCGCCAACGCCAUCCAGCACGGGACGACGCUGCAGGAGCUCUCGAUGACGGUGCACACACACCCGACGCUGUGCGAGGUGCUCGACGAGGCCUUCAAGGCGGGGCUGGGACGCUCGGCGCAUUGAGGAGGUAAGCGUUUCGGUCACACUCAGGGCCCGUUUUGCAUGACCUGGUUUGACCAUGCUCUACGUGUGCGGAGGGGACCAAUCGGUGCUCGAAGAGCUCGAGUCUGUGGACAGGCCGGCGCGAGAACGCUCCGCGGCGCAAUGUCGGCCGAUGUCGGCACAAUGUCGGCACAAUGUCGGCCGAUGCACGGCUCGCCGCCCACCCCACGCGGUCCCUAGGUGUUAUAUAGCAUAAACACCGUCCGUGCAGGGCUCCU